GAAUAACUAGAAAGUACAUAUAUUUUCUUUAUAUAUAAAGAAUAGUGUUACAGAGAUAAAUAUGUCAAUUUACUUUGAUUAUAAGGUGGGCUCUAAGGGUCGAAUGUUCAGAAGGGCUGUGGAGAGUGAUAAGCAUGACAUUGAAUUAAUUUGGAAGCGAGAACACACUGAAAAUCUAUUCUGUGAUCCUGAUAUUGGGUCGUUGAUUGAACUUUCAGCCCUAUCAAUUUGUAUGGUGGAUGAAAAUAAAGAAGUGAUCGGAUUCAUGGCACUUUCUGACCAUCCCAAUGUUCUUGGGGUAGACCCAAGUGACUGGGAAAAUUGGAUUAGGAAUUUAUAUCGGAGAUAUUACCUAUCAAGAAGCACGCUUUUCAUACAUUUCAUGUGCUGCGUUGACUCCGUGACUGACGUUUUCGUAGAGGAAGCAUUGAUAUCGGUGUUUUUAAACGACAGCUACAUACUGUACAUUGUGUUGGUGGUGCCCAUAUUUUGUCCAGAUGAACUUAUUUCAAGAUUUGUAACGUUCAGGAAACGCAACAUUUUAAAAUACCUACCAAAGGUUAAGGAAGGCUUCGGUAACUACUUAUACACGGCGCUAAGAAUCGAUUUCUGUCCGAAGUUGAAGAUGCGACGAGCCGUGGAGGAAGAUAACGACGACAUAGUCGAAAUACUAGACAAGAAAUGUCCUCGUCUGAAGGAACUUUAUGGCGAAUAUUAUAUUAGUGAAAUAAUUGGCCGCCAUCCAGAAUUUAAUAGAAAAGUUAUUGUUGCUGACAUCCAAGGUCGUGCAGUAGCAGUGAUGUGCUUGAACACAGAGAUAAACUAUAAGAAACUGCAGACGUCUUAUGAAUUAAAGCCGUUUCAUGGGCUGCAGACUGCUACUUCUCUUGAAAAGGAACAGAAUAAGAGAAAGAACGUUUUGCUCACGGAUUUUGGUGACCCCAUUUUGCGCGGUCAGUGGAGCCCUUUUCAGCGUCCUACAGUAAAUGUCGACAGACACAAAGAAGCAGACGGAGAUCAUACAAUGAGGUCGAAAAAGGAUAUACGUAAAGUGAAUGUCGAGCAAGAAUCUCAGACGAGUUUCGAAAAGGCUGAUUCAGAAGUAUUAAUCGAACAAGAAAUUCUGGAGUCUCCUGCAGUACCAUCUAUAUGUGCUUCUGUAGUGGAAAUGUUGGAUGAAGACCCUUUUGACUAUGAUAUCGUGAACAUUGACACCACACUGUUCAACUUAAAUGAAGGAAAAUCGUUUAAUAUUAUAGCCCGUCCAUCUUUGAAAACGAAACGUGCAUUUGUGAGAGAAUCGUUAUUGCUUAAGCAGCAUCAGAUGUUUAAUAGUUCAAGUAAUUCAUUGUCUUUUAAGAAAACUUUGAAACCAAAGCGAAAAUUUGUAAAGUUGGAUGACGAGGAUAACAUGACGUAUCAAGGAACGGAGAAUGCUUUUAUUAUAGAACUGUUUGCGAUCCGUGACGAUAUUGAUGACAGGUACGCUUACGAUCUACUGGAAGCCGCUUUUGAGUUAUUGAAAGAUUUGGAUUACUGCAUCAUUCGUGUACCUUCGGCUGACAAGACCUUUCCCUUAUUACAACAUUUUUGUUUUGUACCAGCGAAACCGAAAAUUUGCUGCGAAUAUUCGUUGUAUAUUGCACACAGGAGUUCGGUUUUAGGGAAAUUACGUGUUCGUGAAGCAGAGAUUAUGGACAUUCCUGAGAUAGCAAUUCUCUUAGCAAAUACGGAAGCAAAGGACACUAUAACACAUAUUGAAAAUACUAUAAAAGAAAAAGAAAAUCUUGCGUAUAUUUUCACUACUGGAAUGCAUAUUAUCGGGCUGGGAAUACUAGAGCCAGCAGAGCAAAUUGACUGCAUACGAGGAAGAUACAAUCUGGAUUCGUAUCAGAUACACAAAUACCAUUACAUGGGGAAUGGAAUACAAGCUGGGUUUGCCACAGUCAAAUGCACGAUAGUGUAUCCUGUGUUUGAGCCACAUUACAGGUUCUUUGCAAGAGAAAUGAUGAGGCUAUCGGGAAAUAAUACCCUGUUGUGGCUUACGCCUUAUAGAAAUAAAUGGACUAUACACAAAGCCAACUCUAUAGUAGCUUCAAUGAUACCUUUAACACCAAGAACCGUUGAGAUAGAUUGCGACGCUGUUCCAGAACUUAAAAAAAUAAGUGUUUUCACUGAGAAAACAGUACCAUUCAGUACCUGGUUUAUUGGACGAAAGUUUACAACGAUACCUAAAGCUGAAGUAAAUACUCGCAUCGUAGUCAUUGGCGCUGCUGCUACUGCUUUAGGGUUCUUAAACGGUUUGUUGUUCAGUAAAACAGCCACAUAUCUGACGUUUAACAAUGUGACCGUAAUAUCGCCGAAUGGUUUGCCAUACACAAAACAUAACAAGCCGGUAGCAGAGUCUAUGUUUCUUCGAUCCUAUGUCACUACCGACAAAUACCUGAAAUGCGUACCCUAUUCCUACUACGUGAAUGUCGUCCAAGGAACAUUGAUGGAAAUGGAUUUGCAAGAAAAAUAUAUCACAUUGACAAGUGGUAACUGCUAUUAUUACGAUCUUCUGUUUUUGUUCUUUGGUAAGCAGUACCAGCAUCCUGAUCACAUGGUGCAUUUGAUACAAAGAGAUAUGGAAUACAAACAUAAUUUGACUACAACGCCGUACAUACCUCUGGAUAAGCCGAGGUUCAGUGACACAGAGAUCCAAAUAGCCAAUGAUGAAACGCCGGAGAACGUGUUUAUAAUCAACUCCGUUGGUGAAGCGAAUAAAGCUUUGGAUUACGUUAAAAAAUUUGCUGAUGACGAUUCUAAGAAAGUGAUAGUGUAUGGCUCAACAAUUCACGCAUACUUAUGUGUCAAUGCACUCUUGGAUACCAAAAUUCGUCCAGAAAAUAUAAUAUUCAUCGAGCCUUUCCCUCCAGAACAUCCUGAAAAGACAAGAGUACCUGUUUUUGAUAAUGUAACUGUGGACCAAACAGUAAUCGAAGUUUUGGAUAGUCUAAAGGUGAAAGUCUACCGGUCUUAUUACUUUAAAUCAUGGAAGGUGACUGUCGAAGAUGUCAUAACACAUGCAGAUUUCUUGUCUUAUGCUGAUUACUUGAACUUGGAGUGCAGUGCGUUGUUCUAUUACGGAAGAAUUGGAGUUAAUAUGAGAGCGUUUAUUGCCAUUCACAAGAGCGGAUUAGCUUAUGACGGUGGUGUAGUAAUAGACUAUGAGUGUCGCACAUUAGACCCGUAUGUAUUCGCGGCGGGCCCUUGCACAAGGUACCAUAAACGGUACUACGCUGAUGCACGAAGCCAUAAAUACUACGAUAGUACAGAGAUUGGAGAAAAGUUGGGCAUUCAAAUAAGGAAGCAAUUAGACCCGUUAUUUACGGAGACGACAGAACCAUUUUCACAGAAGUGGCCUCAAGCAGAAUAUAUAAGCUUCCCUAGAGCUUUUAACCGGUCAUCAGUAUCGCUACGACGCGCUGGACCUCUACAUUUGAGUGACUAUGCGAGACCAGAAAUGUCGUUGUUAGCACUAAACAAACCCAAGGUCAUGCAUUGUGUCCUACCCGGAGGGCUCAAAUACUUGGAAGUCCGCUCGCCAGGUUUGAAGACGCCUCACAAUUAUGUGCAAUCAUUGGCAUAUAAUGGAUAUGUGUUCGAGACUUACAAGACAGGUUACUUUAAGAUGCACCUGAACAAAGAAUUUGUUGUUGAUGGUAUUACCUGCUUAUGUCUAGGAAAUUAUUCGUUAGAAAACUUUAAAUAUCUUUAUGGACGACCGGCUUCUGAGCUAAAUAAUAUGCACUUGAGAUAUAUGGCGAACAGAUUGGAUGACUUCUAUGAAUUCUUCCGUUCGUCGUGGGCAUUCUUUUUGUACCACGACCACGCCGACGAUCUUUUCGCUAUGAUCAAACAGUUGUACCCCAAGGGUCGAUCCAGCGAACUUACACUCAAAGAAGCGUUGUGUCGGGCUGCUGCGAAAUGGACUCGCAAUAGGACAAUCACAUUGGAAUCCAAGUUGGAAAUGCAAAGAGGUUUCGAGAAUUCCUCUCACAUAGAAGCGCUGACGGAGUUCUUGAUAGAUUGGCUGACUCAACACGAUAUACUCCUACCUAUGUACUUACAACCGGGUAAGGUAGGGCAUUAUGAAUACGACCUUGACAACAAUCCAUUUAUAAUGAAGAAAGCUAAGAGACGCGUCUCUGAAAUGAUACUUUAAACCUUUUUAUUGUA